AUGAAUGAUGAUGCAAAACCAACACACAUCGAGAAAGAUUUUAAGGAAAGCAAAACAAUGUUUCAACAGAUUGAAUUUCUAGCAUUUACUUUUAAAUUGCUUGAAGCAUCUCACUUGAUCUUCCAAAGGUUGCUGCACUUAUCUGCACAUUUUCUCAAAAUCCAGCAACAAAUUUGUAAUCAUUAA